AUGGUGCUCGGACGCCUCACCCACUACGCCUUUGACGCCGUCCUGAUCUCCGCCUUUCUCGCGGGGAUCAAGAGAAGCACCGGUCUCACACCAACCAGUGUCAAGGCCUCCUCGCUCGGCGAAAGCAAAGAGCUCCAAACCUGGGUCGACCGUUAUCUCGGCGUGGGCGAAUGGGUGAUGGACCAGAGCGUGGCCCUCAUGGGCAGCAGUAGUUGGUUCGAGCGGAGGCGAUGA